GCAGUGUUUGUGUUAAGAAUUUGCAGUCUAAAUGCCAUGGUUGUGCCUGUAGCUUUGCACACCUGCUGCUCUCGAUCAGCAGUGCAUGGACUUGUUGGAACAGUGUGGAGAUCCAGCCACAGCUCAGCACUUAAAACAGAGUAUGAGGCAUUGAUAAUCGGUGGAGGGCACAAUGGAUUGAUUGCUUCAGCCUAUCUGCAGAAAGGAGGCCUGAAAACAGCAGUUCUAGAGCGCAGACAUGUACUUGGUGGAGCAGCAGUUUCUGAAGAAAUCAUUCCAGGCUUUCAUUUUUCCCGGGCCUCCUAUCUCCUCAGCUUACUGCGUCCUCACAUAUAUCAGGAUCUCGAGCUCAAGAAACAUGGCCUGAAGGUGUACAAGAGAGAUCCCCAUGCCUUUACCCCUAUGCUGGAGGAAGGGGUUAGGGGACGACCCCCUCGCUCUCUUUUGCUAGGAAAUGAUCUAGCAAAGAAUCAGCAGGAAAUUGGAAAAUUCUCAGAAAAAGAUGCCAAGGCUUUCCCUGAUUAUGUUGCACAUUUGGAAAAGUUGGCCUGUGCAAUCCACCCACUCUUGGACGCUCCUCCAGUUGAUGUGCCAGGAAUUACCCAGGGAUCUCUAAGGAAGAGAAUGGCGGCAAUGAAGAGUCUGAAACCAUUACUGAAAUCUGGGUUAAAAUUGGGCAAAAACAUUCCUGACUUUUAUGAACUGAUAACAGCUCCGGCUAUGAAGAUAUUGAAUCGCUGGUUUGAGUCUGAGCCACUGCUAGCAACAUUAGCCACUGACUCAGUGAUAGGAGCUAACAUAAGUCCUAACAACCCAGGUAGUGGGUAUGUUUUACUGCACCACAUAAUGGGGGAGUUGGAGAAGGACAUGGGAGCUUGGGGUUAUGUGGAAGGAGGAAUGGGUGGUGUGUCUAAGUCCAUUGCUAGCUCUGCACACUCCCUUGGAGUUGAUAUUUUCACUGAACAGGAAGUAAACCAAAUUCUGAUUGGACCAGAUCAUACUGCCAAGGGUGUUGUGCUAAAAGAUGGUACUGAAGUUCGCAGUAAGGUGGUAUUGUCCAAUGCUACUCCUUAUGUAACCUUCAAGAAACUCACUCCACAGGAUGCACUACCUCAGAUUUUUAUUAAAGCCUUGAAUCAAAUAGAUUAUACCUCACCUGUCACCAAGAUCAAUGUGGCUGUGGAUAAACUGCCAAAUUUUCUGGCUCUUCCUAAUACUGCUGAUGGAAAGCCUGGUCCACAUCAUCAGUGCUCCAUUCACCUAAACUGUGAGAGUGUAGAGAUACUGGAGGCAGCAUAUAAGGAGGGACAGCAAGGACAGCCAUCCUCAAGACCUAUGAUAGAGAUGACAAUACCAUCCGUACUGGAUCCUACUCUCGCACCCCCUGGCUGUCACGUGGUCUCGUUUUUCACACAGUUUACCCCUUACUGGCUGGAAGGGGGGCGUGCAUGGACAGACAACGACAGGGAGAAAUAUGCAAACACAGUGUUUAAUUAUGUCGAGUCUUAUGCGCCUGGAUUCAAAAAGUCAAUCGUUGGAAAGGAUAUCUUGACUCCACCUGAUCUGGAAAAGGAAUUUGGUCUUACUGGAGGGAAUAUCUUUCAUGGAGCAAUGUCAUUGGACCAACUUUACUUAGCAAGACCUUUGCCCUCAAUUGCUCACUACCGUUCACCAGUCAAAGGCCUGUACUUAUGUGGCAGCGGAAGCCAUCCUGGAGGAGGUGUUAUGGGUGCUGCUGGCUGGAAUGCUGCCCUGGCUGUUCUGGCUGAUCUUAAACGCAAAUGAAGUGUUCUCUGGAUGUGACAGAGCUGAGUUCUACACAGCAAAUACAUUCUAGUAAUUGUUCACACUGGUUUACUUGGCCAGUACUAAGUACAGAGAUAGUAAUGACCAAUUCUUUAAUAAUAAAAAUUAAUACAUUUUGUCAAAGCA